AAAUUUUCAGAAGCGGUCAAAUCAAGACAUUUUUAGAUUUGAAUUGAGUUCAGCCACAUCAUGUCUAGUAACGUUCAUUCUUCAAGUAACGAAGACGAUGCCAUCGUGAUGAUGCAUAAUAUAGUAUACGCGUACUAAGUACGUUAUGUCAGUAUGCAAAGAGAACAGUGAUGAUCCAACUCAAAAGUACUUUUUCGUGAGUUAUGUCUGUACAUAUGGACGUAAACGCAGUUCGUUAGAGUCAGAUGCUUGCGUUCAGGAUGUAGAUGAUGAUAGUAAUAAUCAUUCUUCUGAAGAGCAUACAACUUCUAACUCGCCAACACAACCUAGGCAAAGGAGACGACGUCGGUCAUCUACGUAUGCCUUACUUCAAAUGAAUUUAUCCUUCAGGUCGAAAUAUUGCGCUUCAAUGACUACAUGCUGCCCUGUGGUCAUAUUUUGUAUGCACAUUCUAAAGAUCUGAUUCGUGGAGACUUAUUUCGACAUAGCAACAAGUGGACAAGAAAAUACAUAAUGGACCUGGUUCUUCGUGCGCUGGACAACAUCUCAAUCUCUACAGGGAGUGAUGAUCUGCUAGAGAAGUUCGCUAGCGACUACCACUCAAUCCAUGCUCUUAGUGAACCUUUGGCAAGUAAACUCAUCCGUUCGUGCCUCGAAGCAUCGGAAGACAUAUGUGCACAAUUGAUGAGUUCAAUCGGUGCUAAUGACGAAGCUACAACGUCAGAAUCCAUUGUUAAUACAGACCAUAGCUAUGCUUCUUGAUAACAAGAAGUUAUAAUAUUGUAAUGUUUUUAGUUUUACAUAAAUUCAUUUAUAUGGCC